AUGAGCUACGCCUACUCGCGCAGCGCGGGCGCUUCUUCCCUUCCUUCCUUCAAUUCGAUUCCUUCAUCCGGAGGUCUGGUCAACCAGGCUUGUAAUCGGGUGAUACCCGCGGCCAAACAAUGGAUUGAGGAGGGUGUCGACACGAUACGGUCGAGUAGACCGAGGACUAGGGACGAGGCUAAGAACCAGGCAAAGAUGGUGUUGAAGAGCCUGUUUUCGAUUCCUAGCGCCGUUGUUCUACUUUGGGUCUUUACGCUGUGGUGGGGCGAGAGGACCGUCUUCCAAGAAAGUAUAGAUGCUUGUGCUUGGGAGGCUUGGGAGACAUGGCCUAAAGGUGCAACGCCGCAUCGUAUUGCUUUUGUCGCUGAUCCCCAGCUUGUCGAUCCUCACACCUACCCUGGCCGCCCAUGGCCACUCUCUACGUUGACCGUCCAAUACACCGAUCAAUACAUGCGACGGUCUUUUUCACAUAUUCAAAAGAAUUUGGUGCCUGAUUCAGUGUUAUUCUUGGGCGACCUUUUUGAUGGAGGGAGAGAAUGGGCUACGAGCACGACCACCAGCCCGGAGGAGCGCUACAAGAAGAUCGGCGAUAGUUUCUGGAAGAAAGAAUAUGGGCGAUUUAUGAAAAUCUUCUUGGAUCCCUGGUUAAAUCAGGAAUAUGAGCCGUUUGACAGUCGGGGUCGCAAAUUGAUUGCUAGUCUACCGGGAAACCACGAUCUCGGAUUCGGAAAUGGAAUCCAGGAGCCUGUUCGCCAGCGAUUUCAAGCUUACUUUGGCGAAGGCAAUCGCGUGGAUAUUAUUGGAAAUCAUACAUUUGUCUCGGUGGACACGCCCUCAUUGAGCGCGCGAGACCAGCCAGAUCCUGAGACGGGUAGCUCUAGUUCCAGCAACAAACUGGAUGAACCUUGGCCACUUUGGAAGGAUGCGGAUGAUUUCCUCAACCAGGCAUCCUUGUACAAAGCGAAAGCUGAGACUGAGGAACUGUUGGCACUGAAGAAUCAUUCGGAGCAAGUCAAGUUCGAGCAUCGCAUCGUCGAUGCAGUGGAGGAUGUUAUCAAAGAGAAUCCCAAGCCCAAGAGCGUCGGCUUUCCUACUAUUCUUCUUACGCAUGUUCCUCUCUUCCGCAAGCCUGCGACCCCAUGUGGACCGCUUCGAGAACGAUCACCACCUGCUGCGCCAGGCCUGGAAGAAGACGAGCCCAACGCGCUGAAGAUCACUGGCGGUUAUCAGUAUCAGAAUGUGUUGACCCCGACCAUCUCAACGGAGUUGGUCAACAAGGCAGGCCCCAAUGUUGUACAAGUCUACUCUGGUGAUGACCACGACUACUGCGAAAUAUCGCACCGCGAGUUCAACGGCUCCCCGAACGAGAUCACCGUCAAGAGCAUCUCAUGGGCAAUGGGAGUCCGCCACCCAGGCUUCGUCCUCACCAGUCUCUGGAACCCAAUCGAUCCUCAGACGGGCGAAUCCACGCAAAAAGGAUCCCAACCCACCAUCCAAAAUCACCUCUGCCUGCUGCCCGAUCAGCUAGGCGUCUUUAUCCACUACGCCGUGAUACUCGGCCUAAGCAUGGUCAUCCUCUUCAUCAGCUCAACCUACCACAUCAUCUUUGCCCCAGAGAUCCCUUCAAGUGACUCCUAUCUCCCCCUCACCGAACGCCGCUCCCACUCCCCCAGGCACCAGUACCAGGCCUCCGGUACGUCCAGCUCAACCCUCCCCUCUUUAGGUGGCCUCGCCAGCCGCGGUGGCCUCAAUGCGCCCCGCUACCCCGGCGCCAAGUCUCACUACGAUACUUAUCGGGGUCCAGAUCGCGACGAUAUCGGGUCGCCGGGCUUGAAAGUCAAGCCCAUGUACCGGCCAGCCCGCGCAGUCGGCGUCCGACAACACGCACUAUUCAUCGGCCGGGAUUUCAUCCGAUCUGUUCGCAUCGUCGCAGGGGUUGUUUUGUCUGUGUACUUCAUUUUGAUCUGGCGCUGGUAG